CUUAUAGUGAAACAAGAAGAGGAAGCUGUAAUUUGCACUCUUAUUCGACAACUUUUCUUCCACAUUGCAAUUCAGGAGGGGACAUGGAAGCUGGUGACAUCGAAAACCUUACCAUGUUCAACUACAGCUACGAAGAUUAUUACGAUGAUGGUCAUGUGAAAUAUUUGUGUCUGGAGACGUUCAACUUUAACACCCUCAGUGGUGCUUUCUUCAUUGUGAUCUUCAUCUUUAGCCUCUUUGGCAAUACUCUCCUUUUAUGUGUUCUUUUCAUCUACGAGAACCUGAAAAAUGUCACAAAUGUCUUCAUCCUGAACCUGGCCUGCUCUGAUUUAAUCUUCACUGGAAUGCUCCCAUUCUGGGCCGUCAAUCACCUGCACCACUGGAUCUUUGGAGACUUUGCCUGCAAAUUUAAAACAGCACUGUACUACAUUGGAUUGUACAGUAGCAUCAUUCUGCUGACUGCCAUGACUGUGGAUCGUUUCAUAACGGUGGUGCUGCACAACUCACCACGUAUCCCUGCAAACAGGCUGAGGUGUGCAAUGGUUUCCUGUGUAGCUGCCUGGAUCAUCAGCAUUGCAGCAGCUGUGAGUGAUGCUAUUAAAGUAGAGGUUGUGUCCAGCCACUGGAACAGUGAUUUAUUCUGUGAAGAUGCAUCUGAUAAAAUUUCUCUCAACCUGGGAUAUUAUCUCCAAGUGUCACUACUCUUCAUCCUCCCAUUUACCAUUGUAGUUUUCUGCUAUUCUGCCAUUCUGAGGACGGUCUUGCAGGCUUCAAAUAGAAAAAGGUACAGGACUGUAGUGGUGGUGUUCUGUAUUGUGACAGCCUUCUUUAUCUGCUGGGGACCUUACCAUAUUUUCAUUUUCACGGAUGCUUUUUAUGAACCCAAAGGCUGUUAUGCAAUUGAUCGUUUCAACAUGGCCUAUUAUAUUAGCCGUAUCCUUGCUUAUUCUCACUGUUGUUUGAACCCUCUGCUGUAUAUGCUCUCACAAAAGUUGCGAAGACAUCUCUUGCAACUUUUAAAAUGCAACAAAGACACAAGGAACCACAGGGAGAGAGGUAAUGGCCUAAGUUCUAAUGUUUCUCAUAAUGUGGCUUUCACAACAAAAAGCUCUGCUGUCAUGUUGGAUGAACCCUCCAAAUAGGAAUUCACUUUUACAUUGAAAUCAAUCACAAAGCUAUAAUUUCAACUUUGUUCAAUGUACAAUUGAUUUUUUUAACUGAUAUAUAGCAUAUGGAUCAUUUUCAUGCAUUAGUUCUUUGAUUUGUGCAUGAUACAUCAAAAGCAUAUCCUUUUUUAUGAUGACAUGAGGCAAAGCUUUCCCCUCUGAAUUUCCUCAUCAUUUUUGAAAAUAAUUAGCGGUUGCUGUUUCUAUGACAUAUUUAAUAAAAAUGCAGUGUAAUCUGGUU